AUGCCCGAAAAAGGACAAAUCAAGUUUAUGAAAACCUUACUGGGUAAAGUCAAAACGUUACUCCAUAGUGACGACGAACACCCGAAAAAGGAAAAGUCGAAGGAGAAGAAGAUCACGGAUUAUAAAAUUCCAGAAAAAAUACAGGCAGUUGCUUCCGACAGAAAUACUAACAAACUAUAUGGAGUGUUGGGAAACUCUAAAGAGAACGAUGGCGAAAAAUCGGUGAAUGUUAUUUCGAUACCUUUGAACGCUUUGAAAAAAAUUGUCCCAUCGGAGGAUGAUUUCCAUCGUGAGAAAGAAUCCGGGGAUUUGGGACGCAUGCCUAAAGGCACACAAGUUUUAUUAAAACCAGUGUCUGUACAACUUGCAAAUAAUAUGCGGGAAAAUAAAGGAAUGACAUCACUAGUGCCUGUGGUAUUACAAAAUCAAGUCCCUAGGGCUGAACCAUUACGAUCAUAUCAUUCAUAUGGUGUCUUUCCUGAUGGGCCAAGCAAUGAACCCUUUGGUACUUCACGUUUACCAUUUAUUAUUGAGAGACACGGGGAUAUAUUGAAGCAUAACAAGGGUGACGAAGAGUUAUUCAGAGAUAACAAAGGUGAUGAGGGGUUGUAUCGCGAUAUUGGUCAUAUUCCCGGGGAAAUAAGAUACCAUCAUGGUCCAUUAGAAGACAAGGAUGUACCAACACGACCCAUUUUGAGGCAUAAAAAUCCUCGAUAUCAUCACGCAAGAUACGAUGAUGACGAUGAUCCGGAUGAUGAUGAUGAUGAAGACGAGGAUGAUGAUGAUGACGAUGAUUUUGAUGAUGAGAGUGAUGAUGAUGGUGAUCGAUAUAAUUAUAGAAAUUCACCACAAAUGCGUUCUGAAGAAAGACAAAUCGCCGCGACGAGGAAACGUCUCUACGAUAUGCUGCCAGGAAACGACCCGACUUACACAUCGGAAAACCGCGGCCUCGGGCUACCCAUGCGACUCUCCGGUACGAUGCAGAUGCCAGAAGCAUUCUUAGGUAAUCCUAUGGUCCAGCCGGGGCAAGGAGCGAGCCAAAGAACCCUGAUGCCUUUGCUGGGCGAAGCUCUGGCCGGCGAACACGCUGAUAAUUCAAAUGAUCGAAGUGUGUUUAUGUUCGGGGGGCAUGCACCUAAACAGGUCUUUGGUGAUUCGGACUCCAAUUUUCAAACCACACCAAUGCGCUCGGCUUCUAUGAAAGUUAACUCGGGUGGUUUUACUCUUGGAGGGUCACAAGCGCAAGCAAUGACACCAAACGAAGUCAGCUAUAUGCUACAAAAACCCCCAGGUGAUCAGUUGUCUCAAAAAGAUAAGAUAAGUCACCCAAGUCGUAAAACUCAUGGUGUUCUUUUGAAAGUAAAUGGCCGUCCCAUAGGGGACUCGAGCGAACUCAGGGACCAUGUACUGAACGGGGUGGUUUUUAAGGGCAAAGAGAAGUUGAUCAAAUCCAAAGGUCCCAUGGAUGUCAAGGUUUCCAAGGCAACCGAUGACGUGCACUCGAAAGUUGUCGAUAUAACUAGUGCUGAUAAGGUCAAGGUAUUAGAAGCAAAAAGUAAGAUUGCCAAGUCUCAUGGACAGUGA